AUGGGAUCCCUAAGGAGCUGCUGGGCCCUCUGGGCUGGAGCAGCCCUCCUGUGGGCUCGGCUCUCCCCAGCAGAGGCUUCCUGCCAAGGCCUUCAGUGUGCAUCUGGGCACCGCUGCCAGAUGGUGAGCGGGAAGGCCAGGUGUGUGGCAGAGUCCACAGCUGUGUGCCGCGCCCAGGGUGAUCCCCAUUACACGACCUUCGAUGGCCGCCGCUAUGACAUGAUGGGCACCUGCUCCUACACCAUGGCUGAGCUGCACAGCACCAAGAAAUCCCUGCUGGCCUUUAAAGUAGAAGCCAAGAAUGAGCAUCGGGGCAGCCGCCAAGUCUCCUACGUGCGCUUGGCCACCGUGCAUGUCUACAACCAUACCGUGUCCCUGGCCUAUGGAGAAAUAGGCGUUGCCCGGAUCGACUACCAGUACUCAAGCCUCCCUGUCUCCCUGAGUGAGGGUCGCCUGCGCGUGUUCCAGAGCGGGAUACAGGGCGUGAUCGAGCUGGACUUUGGGCUGGUGGUCACCUAUGACUGGGACAGCCAGCUGACACUCAGCCUGCCCAAGCGCUUCCAAGACCAGGUGUGGGGGCUGUGUGGCAACUACAAUGGGGACCCUGCUGACGACUUCCGCAGGCCUGAUGGGAAGCCAGCUUCUGAUGUCCUAAACUUCACCAAAAGCUGGAAGCUGGAUGAUGGGGACAACUUAUGUGAGGAUGGUUGUUACGGCAAUUGCUCCUCCUGCACCGCAAGCCAGUCCGAGAUGUUCCAGGGAGACCUUUUCUGUGGCUUGCUAGCUCUGUCCAUGGGCCCAUUUGCUGACUGUCAUGACUUCCUGGACCCCCAGCCUUUCCUGGAGGAAUGUGUGUAUGACAUGUGUGUGACUGGAGGGGAGCGACUCACCCUGUGCCGGGGCCUCAGGGCCUAUGCUCGAGCCUGUGUGAGCCUGGGCAUCUCUGUCCGGGAAUGGAGGUCUCGAACCAACUGCCCCCUGACCUGUCCAGCCAACAGCCACUAUGAGCUCUGCAGCCCAGCCUGCCCAGCCUCCUGCAACUCAGAAGCUGCACCCACCGACUGCUCUGGGCGCCCCUGUGUGGAGGGCUGCGUGUGCCUUCCGGGCUUUGUGUCCAAUCGCGGCCAUUGUGUGCCUGUAUCGUCCUGUGGCUGCACCUACCAGGGCCGCUUGCUGGCCCCGGGUCAGGAAGUGUUUGCUGACAACUUAUGCCGACGCCGCUGCACCUGCGAUGCAGCCACCCUGAAGAUGAUCUGCCAGGACACUUCAGGAUGUCUGCCUGGGGAGCGCUGUGGGAUACAGGAUGGCUUCUUGGGUUGCUACCCAGAAUACUUCCACAGCUGCCAGGCAUCCGGAGACCCUCACUACUUGAGCUUGGAUUUGCGGAGCUACAAUUUCAUGGGUACCUGCACCUACAUGCUUACCGCCUCGUGUAACCAGCACCCCUCCCUUCCUGACUUCAAAGUGGUUAUGGAAAACGAACGUCGGGGAAGCCAGAGUGUGAGCUUUGUGCACUCUGUGCAGUUGGAGGUCUAUGGGGUGAAGUUGGAGGUGCCCCGGGACUACCCAGGCAAAGUACUGAUGGAUGGCAUCAGUCACCACUUGCCCUUUCAAGCUGCAGGUGGAAAAAUCGUAGUGUUCCGCCAAGGCAAGUACGCCAUGCUGCGCACAAACUUUGGCCUGGCCGUCAGCUACAACUGGGACACCCACGUGACUGCCAAGGUGCCCAGCAACUAUGCUAAAGCUGUGUGUGGGCUCUGUGGGAACUUCAACGGCGACCCUCGCGAUGACCUGGGUGUGCAGAAUAAAGGGGAAGCCCUUGACCCUCGAGACUUUGGGAAGAAGUGGCUGGUGACAAAGAAGCCCGGCUGCAGGACAGACGAACAGCUUCUGUGCCCUGACAUAAGCAGCAAGUUGGUGGCACAGAAUAAGAAGAAGUGCCAGGUCCUCGGUGACAGGAGUGGCCCGUUCAGGGACUGUUGGAAAGUGCACGCAUUCAACAAUGCUCUCAUAGAGUGCGUGUAUGACAGCUGCCGCAUGCUGGGCCAAACCAAGCCGCUGUGUGAUGCACUGACCACAUACACCACCAUAUGCCAGGCUGAAGGGGUCACUGUGCAUCCCUGGAGGAGUGAGAAACUUUGCCCAAUGAACUGUCCUCCUCACAGCCACUACGAGCUGUGUCACCGAGGCUGUCCCUUGACCUGUGGAGACCUGCCAGUGCCUGGAGGCUGUGGCUCAGAUUGCCACGAGGCCUGUGUCUGUGAUGAGGGAUUUGUCCUCAGUGGUGAGAUUUGUAUACCCCUGUCCUCCUGUGGUUGCGUAUACCAGGGCAUUUACCACCAUGUGGGAGAUGACUUCUAUCCGGGACCUGAAUGCAAUUCGCUUUGCCACUGCCAUAAGGGUGGCCUGGUGGCCUGUCAGCCCUCAUAUUGCAGCCCACAUGAAAUCUGUAAGGUGUCCAGCGGCAUCCUGAGAUGUGUGGCUGUGGACUCAGCCACCUGCCGGGUAUCGGGAACGUCCCAUUACAACACCUUUGACGGCCGUAGCUUUGACUUCAUGAGCACCUGUGUGUUUGUGCUGGCUCAGACCUGCUGGACCCGGCCGGGCCUAAAACAGUUCACAAUACUGCAGGAGAAUGCGCCCUGGGACAACCAGCAAGUCAGUGCGAUUAAGAUGAUCACCAUCCAGGUGGACAACUACACUCUGCAGCUGGAGCAGAAUCAAUGGAAGGUCAAGGUGAACGGUGUGGACAUGAAGAUGCCUUUUAUGCUGGACGGGGACAGUGUUCAGGCCUUCCAGCAUGGCAUAGAUGUGGUAAUCAGGACCAAAUUUGGCCUGCACCUGUCCUACGAUCUCAACAACAAUGUGCAUGUCACCAUCCCCCAUAACUACUAUAAACACAUGUGUGGCCUGUGUGGGGACUACAAUGAUGACCCCAAGAAUGACUUCCAGAAGUCUGAUGGCUCACAGGCAAUCAGUCCCAGUGAGUUGGGUAUCUCCUGGGAAAAGGCUGGGCCAAACUCUUCCUGCAUACGCCUGCCUGCCUGCAAACCAGGCCAGGACUGCAAACCAAAGUGCAGCCCUGAGCAGGAGGACAAGUAUCAUGGGGUGCAGUUCUGCGGGCUGCUCUCCAGCCCCACGGGGCCGCUGGCUGACUGCCACAAGCUGCUGGACCCCCAGGGUGCCUUGAAAGACUGUGUCUUUGACCUCUGCCUGGGAGGCGGCAACCUGAGCAUUCUCUGCAACAACAUCCACGCCUAUGUGAGCGCCUGCCAGGCAGCUGGAGGGGAAGUGGAGCCGUGGAGGACAGAAACCUUCUGUCCAAUGGAGUGCCCCCCUCACAGCCACUAUGAGGUCUGUGCUGACACCUGCUCCCUGGGCUGCUCGACCAUCACCACUCCAAUAGAGUGUCCGGACACGUGUGCCGAGGGCUGCGAAUGUAACAGUGACUUCCUGCAGAGCAUCACAGGCUGUGUGCCCAUGGAGAAAUGUGGCUGCUACUACAGUGGGGUCUACUAUGAGCCAGAGGAGUCCGUUCUCAUUGGAAAUUGCCAGCAGCAGUGUGUGUGCCAUGCAGGAGAAGGCAUGGUGUGUAAGGAGCACAGCUGUAAGCCAGGACAGGUGUGCGAGCCCUCAGGAGGUGUCCUGGCCUGCAUCACCAAAGACCUAUGCCAAGGUGUUACCUGUCGGUCACAGGAAACAUGUACAGAGAAAGGUGGUAAGGGUGUGUGCGUACCCAAUUAUGAUGCCAAAUGCUGGGUGUGGGGAGACCCGCACUAUUAUUCCUUCGAUGGCUUGAACACUAACUUCCACGGGACCUGUAGCUACCUGCUAACGGGGAGUGUGUGUCCUGGGCUCAGCAAUGACGGGCUGACCCCCUUCACGGUCGUCACCAAGCAUGAGAGCCAGGGCAAUCCUUCUGUGUCCAAUGUGAAGAGAGUCACUGUGGUUGUCUACAACACCAGCAUCGACAUCCUCAAGAAGGGGAUUGGCAGAAUCCAGGUGAAUGGAAUCCUGAUGGCCUUGCCUGUCUACCUGGCUGGUGGGCGGAUUUCGGUCAUUCAUGGAGGCUCCAAGGCUGUGCUGGUGACUGACUUCGGGCUUCGGAUCACCUACGACUGGAACUGGAGAGUACAUGUCGUACUACCCAGUAGCUACCAUGGUGCAGUGUGUGGGCUCUGUGGAAACAUGGACAGAAACCCCCAAAAUGACCAAGUCUUCCCUAACGGCACAGCGGCUCCCUCCGCACCCACCUGGGGUGGCAGCUGGCAGACUCCAGGGUGGGACCCUCUUUGCUGGAAUGAAUGCCGGGGCUCCUGCCCAGUGUGCCCAGAGGACCGACUGGAGGAGUAUGAGGGUCCCGGCUACUGUGGACCUCUGGCUCCUGACACAGUGGGCCCCUUCGCCAGCUGCCACGCCCAUGUACCUCCUGAGAGCUUCUUCAAGGGCUGUGUGCAGGACAUCUGCCUGGGUGGUCAAGUCAAGGACAUACUAUGCCAGGCACUGACUUCUUAUGCCGAGGCCUGCCAGGCUGCUGGCAUCCAAAUCAAGGACUGGAGGACUCAGGCUGGCUGUGAGAUCUCCUGCCCUGACCACAGCCACUUUGAGCUCUGCGGCCCACCCUGCCCAGCCAGCUGCCCACCCCCUUCACGCCACACAACCCCAGCUGCAUGCGAUGGGCCCUGUGUGGAGGGCUGCCAGUGUGACCAGGGCUUCGUGUUGAGUGCUGAGCAGUGCGUUCCCCUAGAUGGCGGCUGCGGCUGCUGGGUCAACGGCACAUACCAUGAAGCAGGCACUGAGUUUUGGACUGAUGCCACCUGCUCUAAGAGGUGCCACUGUGGACCUGGAGGUGACUCCUUGGUCUGCAUGUCUACCAGUUGCAGACCAGAUGAGGAGUGUGCCUUGUUGCCCUCUGGCCAGAUCGGCUGCCAACCUACAAGCACAGCUGAGUGCCUGAUCUUGGGUGAUCCCCGUUACAUCACCCUAGAUGGGUACCAGUUUGACUUCCAAGGCACCUGCGAGUACCUGUUGAGUGCACCCUGCCAUGCACCACCCGUAGAGACCGAAUACUUCAAAGUCACUGUGACUAAUGAGCACAGGGGCAGCCAGGCUGUCAGUUACUUCCGACGUGUCACCCUGAAUAUCUAUGGCUUCAACCUGACCCUCAGUGCCCAGUGGCCAAGACAGCUACAGGUGAAUAGAGAGGUGAUCAUGCUGCCUUUCCAGCUGGACUCGCGACUGCUCGCUCACCUGAGCGGCACAGGCUUGGUGAUAAACAGCAACUUCGGGCUCUCCCUGGCUUUUGACAACAGUUUCCUGCGCCUGCGCGUGCCCGCAGCCUAUGCAGGCGCCCUCUGUGGCCUGUGCGGGAACUACAACAAAAAUCCCAAAGAUGACCUGGCUUCAGUAGAUGGGAAACCUGAGGGCUGGAAGGUGGGCGGAGCCCCGGGCUGUGACCAGUGUGUGACUGGGAUUUGCCCACAGCCCUGUACACCUGAGCAACAGGAACCCUUCCGUGGCCCCGACGCCUGCGGCAUCAUCUCGGCCCCCGAAGGCCCGCUAGCGCCCUGCCACAGCCUCGUGCCACCCGCGCAGUACUUCGAGUCAUGCUUGCUGGAUGCCUGUCAGGUUCAGGGACAUCCAGCAGGUCUCUGUCCUGCCCUGGCCACCUAUGUGGCAGCUUGUCAGGAUGUUAGGGCCCAACUUGGAGAGUGGAGGAAGCCAGACUUCUGUCCCCUCCAGUGUCCUGCCAACAGUCACUAUGAGCUCUGUGGUGACUCCUGCCCUGUGAGCUGCCCAAGCCUCUCGGCCCCCAAGGGCUGUGAAACCACCUGCCGUGAGGGCUGUGUCUGUGACCCUGGCUUUGUGCUCAGUGGUGACACCUGUGUGCCUGUGGGCCAGUGUGGCUGCCUCUACAAUGGACGCUACUACCAGCUAGGCAUUACAUUCUACCCAGGCCCUGAGUGUGAGUGGCUCUGUGAGUGUGGGCCAAACGGGCAGGUCACCUGCCAGAUUGAGUCCUGUGGCAUCCAUGAGGAGUGCCAAUUAGUGGAUGGCAUCCGUGCCUGCUAUGCCAAGAGUUCUAAAUUAAUGCUGGUCCUUGACGGCAUUCAUUACGCCACACCUGAUGGAUUGGUGUAUGACCUUCACGGCUCCUGCUCCUACAUCUUGGCACAAGUUUGUCACCCGAAACCUGGAGAUGAGGAGUUUUCCAUUGUGCUGGAGAAGAACUUGGCGGGUGAACCCCAGCGAGUGGUGGUUACCGUGUCAGGACAGGUUGUGGUCCUGGCUCAAGGGCCGCAGGUGACUGUGGACGGCGAAGCUGUGGCCCUGCCUGUGGCUGUCAGCUCCUUGUAUAUAAGUGUUGAGAGCCGAAACAUGCUCCUGCAGACGAAAAGGGGGCUGAAGAUGCUCUUUGAUGGUGAUAACCACAUCCUCAUUGCCAUCCCCAGUCCCUUCCAUGGACGUAUCUGUGGCCUCUGUGGCAACUUCAAUGGGAACCAAAGAGACGACUUUGUGCUGCCCAAUGGAGCCAUAGCCCCCAACGUGGAGGCCUUUGGAGCUGCAUGGCGAGCUCCCGGCUCCUUGCUAGGCUGUGGUGAAGGCUGUGGGCCCCAAGGCUGCCCUGUGUGCUUGGCAGAGAAGAGAAAGGCAUAUGAGAAAAACGAAGCUUGUGGACUGAUCUGGAACCCCCAAGGCCCCUUCGCAGCCUGCCACCAGGUUCUAAAUGCCACAGAAUACUUCCACCAAUGUGUAUUUGACAUGUGCGCCCAUACGGGCAACAAAGUAUACCUGUGCCGUAGCCUGGCAGCCUACACUGCAGCCUGUCAGGCAGCUGGUGCAACCGUGAAACCCUGGAGGACAGAAAGCUUCUGCCCUCUCCAGUGUCCUGCGCACAGCCACUACUCUGUCUGCACAGGCUCCUGCCAGGACUCUUGUGCUGCGCUCUCUGGCCUCACCCAAUGCACCACUCAGUGCUUUGAAGGCUGUGAGUGUGAUGAUCACUUCCUGCUCUCCCAGGGUGUGUGCAUCCCUGCCCACGACUGCGGCUGCACCUUCAAUGGCCAGUACAUGCCGGUGAACACCUCACUGAUGACCUCAGACUGCAUUAAACGCUGUUUCUGCUCCCCAAGCACCGGACUGACAUGCCGCGCAGCUGGCUGCCCAUCUGGCCGAGUCUGCGAGAUCCGAGCAGGAGUCCGGGAUUGUUGGCCAGCCAAAGGUCUCUGCUCCCUCUCUGUGGGGGGCAACUUCACCACCUUCGAUGGGGCUCACAAUGUCAUCAGCUCCCCUGGUGCCUAUGAGCUUUCUUCUCGCUGCCCGGGACUCCAGAAGACUCUGCCCUGGUACCGUGUGGUUGCUGAUGUCCAGCCUUGCGGUGGCAAUGACAAGGUCUUGAGCAAGGUCCACAUCUUCUUCCAGGAUGGAAUUGUGACAGUGAUCCAAAGCAAGGGCGUGUGGGUGAACGGUCUCCGAGUGGACCUCCCAGCUACUGUGUUAACCUCUGUGUCUGUGCGGAGGAUGCCCGAUGGCUCCGUGCUUGUCCACCAGAAGGCGGGGGUCCAGGUCUGGCUUGGAACAGACGGGCAGCUAAAUGUGAUGGUCGGUGAUGGCCAUGCAGGCAUGGUGUGUGGGGCCUGUGGAAACUUCGAUGGGUACCAGAAUAAUGAUGUGCAUAAAUCUCAGGGGAAGACACCGAUGGAGAGGUGGAGAGCACCGGACUUCUCCCCAUGUUCCAACUGAUCGGUCAUCGCUGACAAAGGACACUUCAAGACCUGCCUCUUCCAGAAGUUACAGUGAUUGAAGGAUGCCCUGUGUGUCUCUUCCCUGCCCCUCCCCUUUGCUGAGCCACCGAGGCCAAAUCUGAAAGCAUCGAGUAAAUACCUAGACCCAA